UCCUCCAAGCACUGACUCCCACCCACUCUGACCACAGCCAGGGGGUCACAACGCACCACCUGCCCAGCGCCCACCCAUGAAGGUGAGCACCGUGUUUCCUCAUUUUUCCACACUGACCAAUGGACCUGUCCCAUGUGAGAUCAGUGUCAGUGCAGUGAUCAUACAUAUUGUGACACUGCUCAUCUGCCUCUGUGGGCUGGCUGGGAAUGGGGCUGUCCUCUGGCUCCUCCACAUUAAUGCCAUCACCCGCUCCAUCUUCAACCAGGCCAUCACUGACUUAAUCUUCCUCGUCUUCAUGGUCCCUUCCACCCUGCUCUUCCUGCACGAGGAAGUGUCCUGCUCCACUAUAAUGUCUCAGAUGUAUUUGAGAUUGCUUUUCCAGCUGUCCCAGUUCUCCUACAACAUGGGGCUGUACCGGCUGACAUUCAUCAGCUUUUACAGGUGCAGAUCCAUCCUCUGCCUGGUUUUCUGUGGUUGCCAACUUCCCCUGCGCCUGUUGUGGGUGGUAAAGACUGCACUGUUCUGGGCCUUCUUCUUUGUUCCCAUUGUUGUCAUUCCCACGGUGACGUCCGUGUGCCAGUCGCAGGAACAGGAGCAUAGCCAGGUGGCUCUCCUCUCCAUGUAUGUCCUCAACUUCUUCCUGUUUGCUGCACCCAUGCUCAUUUCCAGCAUAAUUGUCUUCGUUCAUUUCAAACGUGGCUCCCAGCAGCGGGAACAGAAGAGGCUCGACAUUCUCAUCUUCCUCACUGCACUCUUCAGUCUGCCCCUCAGUCUCUUGUAUUUACUGCAGCAGCUCGAGUACGUGUUUGUGUCCACCGAGGUGAUUUUCCUACUCACCUGCAUCAACAGCAGCAUCAAACCCUUCAUCUACUUCUUGGUGGGGAGCUGGAAGGAAGACUUCUCCUUGGGGAGCUGCUGGAGAGACUGCUCCAUCGACAACUGCAGGAGUCACAUCUCCAUGCAGUCCCUAAGGGAGGCCCUCCAGAGGGUGUUUGAGGAGCCAGAAGAAAACACUGCCCCCAGUGAUGAAAACAAUGCUCCCAGUGAUGAAAAUAGUGCCUUCAUUGGAGAUGUUGGACACAGCGGUCUGAGCCUGUUGAUCCCCUCCACUGCUCUGCUGAAGGACCCUGGGACAGUGGCUGAGGGAUUCCUUGAGUCACCUGAUCAAUAAAUACCCACAGGAUCACCCUCCCUGUGCUGGUGCAUCCCCCACCCCCUUUUCAGGCCACACUGGACUCUCCUACAGGCUUGUGAGGCCUCAGCCUUGAGGAGCAGCCCCUGGGCUCAGCUCCUCUGGCACUGAUCAGAAAUGCCCUCUGCUCCCAGGAACUGCUGCUCUCCAACGACCUGCUGAGGUUUGGUGAACAGCCUUGGAAAUGAUUUUACAUCCCUGAAUGGCACAACAUCCCUGUUCUCACACUUCCACAGAAAGCUGCUGGCCCAAAGUGUGGCCAGGGUGAAACAUUGUUGUGGCUGAAGCCCAUCUCCUGGGGCCCUGUGAACAGCAGUCCAAAAGGAGACCCUUGGAGCUCUGCUGGGCCCCAGCAGCACUGGCCAGAACCUCCCUCGCACUGGGGCCUCUCCGAGCUGGGACCUCUCCCAUUUGCUGCCCUCAGGGAUGCCCAAACAACGACAGAUCCUAAACCGAUCCCUGCACUGCUCCAGGCUCAACCCUUGGCACAGCGAGGAGAUGCAAAGGCAUCCGGAGUGAGCAUUUCACUGCCUCCAAGGGGAAUUUCCCACAGGGACCUUGCACUGACUCUUUCUGUCUGGGUGCACACACGUGUGCAUCUGCUACAGCAAAUGUGGGAGAAAUGCUGCUCUCUCAGGUGUUUUAGUACCUGAGACAUCUGAGCAAGCCAGGCCUGUAAGGAAGUAUAUGGCAUAAGGUGGUUUUGUGCCUUCAGAAAUUCUUCCGUG